CAGUGAGAGAUGUUCAGCAGUGGAACUCUCUGCUGCGGACUGUGGCGGAGGCUCCUUCUUUGGAGGCUUUUAAGCAGAGGCUGGAUGGCCAUCUGUCGGGGGUGCUUUGAAUGCGAUUUCCUGCUUCUCGGCAGAAUGGGUUGGACCGGAUGGCCCAUGAGGUCUUUUCCAACUCUAUGAUUCUAAGAUUUUAUGGGUAUGCUCCCAGAAAUUAAUUGAAUGAAGCAGGUUAGGGCCAUAAUGAAAAAACUGCUGAAAUUGCUCCCUGUUUUAAUCACCCAGAGUCAGGCGCUUCCUUAAUGAGUUUUUCCAGACGCCUUCCUCCUGACUGCUUAGAUGCGUUAUAUAUAAAGAUGGAGAUAUCCUCUGCACAUAUAUAGGUUGCCUUAGGGAGCGGAGAGACACUGCUCACUGUCAGACAAAUUGAGAUCGCAAAGGAGAUGUCUAAGAUCCAGACCAAAGCCUUGGAUGUAAAACAUCCAGACCAGAGGAACCCAUAUAAAGGGAGACAUCAGUCAUACUAUGGAACUGGCUACGAUUCUCCAUUGGAUGCCAUGAGAGGCCCCAGAGAAAAGCUGAUGUACGUACAAUGUGUUUUAACCGGAACCGAUGCCCGGCAACCUGACUAUUUGGCGACGGUGGACGUGGAUCCAGAAUCGCCGUGUUAUUGCAAGGUCAUCCACCGCUUGCGCAUGCCUUACCUGGAUGACGAACUUCAUCACUCGGGCUGGAAUGCCUCCAGUAGAUUCUUCGGGGACACUAGCAUCAAGCGCAACUGCCUCGUCCUACCGUGUCUAGCCUCCGGGCGCAUUUACGUGGUGGACACGGGCUCCGACUUGUGUGCUCCCAGCUUGCGCAAAAUCAUCGAACCCAGUGAAAUAAUCAAGAAAACCAACCUGAGUUUCUUGCACUCCUCGCGUUGCUUGAGCAGCGGGGAAGUUCUGGUCUGCGCCCUUGGAGAUGCAUUGGGCAAUGCAAGAGGUGGACUUCUCGUUCUGGACCCAGAAACCUGGGAAGUGAAAGGGAGCUGGGGGUGUCCAGAAGAUGGACUCUUCCAGAAUUGUGACUUCUGGUUCCAGCCGCGACAAAACGUCCUAAUCAGCAGCGAAGUGGGGGAGGCCAAGUUCUUUAUCACUGGGUUCUCACCAGACAAUCUGAGAAAAGGGCGCUACGGAAGCAAACUCAACGUCUGGGACUUGACCACCCACCGCCUCCUCCAGAGGGUCGAUGUGGGUGAAGAUACAAACCCAGCGGAGAUCCGCUUCUUGCACGACCCAAACUCAGACCAUGGUUACGUGGCUGGCUUUCUGGAGAGUUCCAUCCACCAUUUCUUUAAGACAGAGGACGGAUGCUGGACGGCUGAGAAAGUGAUCCAAAUCCCGAACAAGAAAGUAUCGGGAUGGAUCUACCCCGAAAUGCCAGGAAUCACCUUCUAUAUCGUCAUCUCUCUGAACGACCGGUUCCUCUACUUAAGCAACUGGGUGCAUGGCGAUGUCCGGCAAUAUGAUAUCACCGACCCAUACUGUCCCAAAUUAGUCGGGCAGGUGUUUGUGGGGGGAAGCCUUCAGAAAGGGGGUCCCGUAACUGUCCUUGAGGAUCCGGAGCUGGACUGCCAACCCGAUCCCUUUGUGAUCCAGGGCAGGAAGGUCCAAGGAGGACCUAAUAUGAUGCAGCUAAGCUUGGAUGGCAAACGUCUUUAUGUUACCAACUCUCUUUACACGCCUUGGGACAAGCAAUUUUACCCCGAUCUGAUCAGGGACGGUUCGGUCAUGCUCCAGCUGGACGUGGACACCGAGAAGGGCGGCCUUUCCGUGAACAAGAACUUUCUGGUGGAUUUUGGGCAUGAGCCAUUCGGUCCAGCUCGGGCGCACGGCAUGUCCUACCCCGGUGGGGAUUGCACCUCCGAUAUCUGGGAAUAACAUGUCAUAUCAGCGGGGGAAGCACUCCACAUACUGGGGUCUAUCCAAUAUUUCUGUGUCUUGAUCCCUUGGAAGUCAUGCCAUACAGGUCAACAUGGGACAUACAGAUGUUGUAUAUGUACGAGUACCAUAUAUCCCCAUCUUUCUCUGUCUGCCCGCAUCCUCCAUUUUUCAGCUCCGAUGUCUCCAUGGCAAUGCUCUUCUUUCCCUUAUACUUCUCCUUCCCUUCAUAUCAGUGGGAGGAUCACUCAAGAAUCGGGAUCUAUCCAAUAUUAUUUUGUUCAAUGCUUGCUGACAUGUCUCCUUGCUCUAAAAUCUUUCACAUAUAACCAACUAGAUCUUUGUAUGCUGAUGAAGUGAAAACCUGAUGUUAUAAAUAAACGUGCGUUUUUCAGCCGAAAAGCUUAUUUCUGCAGCAUUCUGAAUAAAAGCCAAUCUACUGCAA